AAAAAAAUUGUCACUCAAAUUAAAUGUCACUAUUGACAUCUCAAAGGUCAGGGGUUAGUGUUUGUAAACAUUAGAUAAAUUGAUACAAUUAAUAAAUAACAGAAAGUUAACAUUUCCCAAAUUGUUUAUAAAAUUCAUAAUGGCUGCUUUACCACCGAGAAGAAAUCCGACACCUACAAAAAUUUCAAAACAACAUUUAACGCCUUUACAAACACUUUUACAAAUGGGUUUUCCAAAACAUAGAGCCGAGAAAGCUCUGGCAGCAACGGGUCAUAGGGGUGUUCAACUAGCUUCAGAUUGGUUACUAGCCCACGUAAACGAUCCAUUAUUGGACGACACUUCUCCUAGGGAAUACAUUUUAUACGCUUGCCCUGUGGGAACCUUCGCUACGCAACUUCAGACCUAUUGGGAAAAAUCCUUAGCGCUUUGCGGAUGGAACGGGGCUCAUAAUUUCACCCCACACAUAACAUUAGUCUCCUUUUUUAAGGCACCCGAUGAUGAUGCCUUAACAUUAGCUCAAGGCUUAAAGUCUGUGAUGGAAAAGCAAGGUGCUGUAUUAAACGAGCCCUUAAAAUUAGAAACCUAUAUAUCGCCGAACUUUAUGGGUUUCUUUGUAACUGAAGAGCACGCUGAUUACUUGAAACGUAUUGCUAUGCAGUAUGUUAAAGAAGUGUCAAAUGCCAUUAUCAGUGAUACGUACGAGCACUUCGAUGCAUUGACAGCUUGUUUCCCUUGGUGCACAACAACUACAGCAAGGUGUAUACCUAGAGGAAGUCGAUCCAUAAGUUUGGAACCACAUGUAAAAUCCCUUCAUCUAACAUUAGCCUAUCAAUUUCCGAAUUCUCAAUACUCCAAUUUAAAGUCUCUAAUCGAGGAGCUGGACCCGGUCGCUUCGGGCGGAUGGGAAUUAAGAUUGUAUUCCAGGGAUCCGAGAAUCAACGGGAAGCAAAUCCACAAGGUGGUUCAUGCGUACGCGCCCGUAGAAUCGGACGAACUUGACCUUAGAACCGGCGAUUACGUUUUCGUCAAUUCGGAGGCCGUCAUUAAUUCCCUGGACGGUUGGGUCGAAGGUACUUCUUGGCUGACGGGCCAAUCGGGACUCCUGCCUCUAUCCUAUACGGAAAGAACGGCCGAAUCGGACGCUUGGACCCUCCACAAAAAGAUAUUUUUAAAUAAGUCUACCCCUACGGAAGAUAAGAAAAUGCCUCAGCAUACGAACGACGCCAAUAAAGAACCAUCGGCGUUGAAUCUGGACGUGAUUUCUCCGCCAGUGCCGCCGAAAAUUAACGAUGAAAAUCCCGUACUCGAGGAGGGAAAUUUGUACGAAAAUUUUCGGGAGUUGCAGGCAACAUCGGCAGGAGAUAAUGGUGAUAAAGACGACCAGUCGCGUAGAAUCUUCGUGAUGAGACACGGCGAGAGAAUCGAUUUCACGUUCGGCAGUUGGGUACCGUAUUGUUUCGACGAUUCCGGAAAAUUCGACAGGAAGGACCUGAACAUGCCGAAAUCGCUGCCGCACCGAAGCGACGGGGCCCAGGGGUACUUAAAGGACUCCCCGCUAACCGUACUAGGAUUAUUCCAAGCCCAAACGAUAGGCGAGUCGUUUAAGGAGAAAAACAUCGACAUAGAUCACGCGUACUGUUCACCUUCGUUCCGUUGCGUCCAAACCUGCGACGCCUUUCUCACCGGACUGGGCAUGAAGGAUCGAAUUAAAAUCAAAAUCGAGCCGGGCUUGUUCGAAUGGAACGUGUGGUAUGCGGACGGCGUGCCCGAUUGGAUGACUUUGGCCGAAUUGCAACGCGGAGGAUACAACGUGGACGAGUCCUACAGGCCUUUCGUCGAUGAAAACGAAAUUAGGAAGGGCAAAGAGAGCUGCGAGCAGUUCUUUCUCAGAAGCGCCAUCGUUACGAGAAGUGCCCUUUUAGCUCAUAGUUCAGGCAACGUGCUGGUCAUAGGACAUUCGGCAACGUUGGAUACGUGCUCGCACGAAUUGGUUGGGAACAGGAUAAAAAGUCCGAACGACAUGAUCAAACUGAUCCAGAAAGUGCCGUAUUGCGGCCUUUUGGAAAUGUCGAAUAGAAACGGGAAAUGGGAAAUCGUCGAGCCGCCUAUUUUGCCCAUGACCCAUUCGAAUAACCAGAGGUUCGAUUGGAAAGCGUUUUUGGAGUAAUCAGAUUGAUGUCGUAUAGGUUAGGUGACGCUGAAAAGUAUUUUAUCUGCAUUUUUAUAGUAUUUUGAGAUUGGGAGUUUUUCCGGUUUGGUAGGAAGAUACACUGAAAAAAAAUGACAAUAGAUGGUUGUGAGUGAAUUGAUCUCUGCUUCGAACAGAUUCACUAUAUAGGCGUAUACUGAUUAGCAGAAAGGUUUAAAUAGUUACAAAAUCUGAUUUUAUUAAUACUCUUAUUAACUAAUAGCGUACUUGUAUUUUAUAGGCGAUUUCUUAGAAUGCAAUUCAUAAAUCAAUUCGUUGAUUUAGAGAUUUUAGUAUUAUUUGUUCUGUAUUCUCAUGUUUUAUUUUAAUUUGUCUAUGUUUUUUUAGGCAUUUUCUGAUUUUUUAUUGUAUGUUUUGUUUGUUAUGUUUUAUACAGAAGUGACGUAUUUGUUAUUUUUAUAAUUUUAACUUUUGUUAUCACGCACACCAUCUAUUUUUUAUGAGUUUCUUAUUAAUAUUUUCCUAUUAAAUAAGUGAUCUGAUUACUAUUAUAUGAUUACUGAGACAAAUAUUUUUAGAUAAGUUCAAAUCAGUUCGCAAUUCGUCUCAUAUAAAGAAAAAAGAAAGAGUGGUAUAUUGUGGGAUUGCAAUUUUCUCACUCUAACUGUUACUUUAUCACUGUUAUUUUAAUAAUCUUUCCUUGUUCAACUCAUAGAAUUGACCAUAUUGCAAACAAAUAUACACUUACCCAUAUACAAGAUCAAAAGAACCUAAAUGUUAAAUAUUAACUGAUGUAUUGAUUGUGUUAUUUUUAAAAUAGUUGGAUCGUUCUAUAUUAGGAACGUACAUGUGCAUGUAUUUUUUUAAUGAUAUAAAAACAAAGGAAGCCAUGAAAAAUAUAAGCAAUUAUGUAUGGUACUAAUUUUGAAUUAUAUAAAUUUUAAUUAUUUUAAUAAUGUAUAUGUGUGCCACGUAUCCAUUCCACAAUUCAUCAAUCUUUAUUUAAUAACGUAAAACUAUGUGUUUAUCUGUCUAUUAUAUUAA